GCCCGACGAGGCAAGAAUCAAAGUGAACGAUUGGGCUGAAACGGAAACAAAUGGUCUCAUCAAAGACCUUAUUCCGCCCAAAGCCGUUGAUGAAGGCACAAGGUUGAUUGUUGCGAAUGCUCUGUAUUUCAAAGGAGUCUGGGAGGAGAAGUUUGAUGAAUCCCGGACAAAAAAGCGUGAUUUUUACCUCUUGAAUGGCAGCACAAUCAAAGCCCCUCUUAUGACUUGUUGGGAAUGUCAGUAUAUAAGUGAAUAUGAAGGUUUUAAAGUGUUGCGCCUUCCUUACGAACAAGGCCGAGAUGAGGCUUGAUGCUUCUCCAUGUACGUAUAUCUCCCGGAUUACUAUAAUGGGCUGCCGGAUUUGGUCGAAAAAAUCACUGGUCAACCUGGGUUUGUCGAGUCCCAUUUACCACGACAUCGAGUUCACGUUGGUAAUUUCUUUAUACCAAAAUUUGAGAUCUCAUAUGAGAUGGAAGCGUCAGACAUUCUUAAAAAACUGGGGCUGGUUUUACCAUUUGAGGAAGGUCUGACUGAUAUGGCAAACCAGGAACUCCGUGUUUCUCAAAUUUUUCACAAAUCAUUCAUCGAAAUCAACGAAAAAGGUACAGAAUCUGCUGCGGCAACCGGUGCCAUUAUGAUGAGUUUUUGUGGUGCUGGUCCAAUUGAACCUCCACCAGUGGUAGACUUUGUUGCGGAUCAUCCAUUCCUUUUCCUUAUUAGGGAGGAUAUCAAUGGAAGCGUGUUAUUUAUGGGUACUGUCGUUAAUCCUGUGACCUGUUUGUCAUUAGCUAAACCAUUAGCUGCUGUCUAG